AGCCGCUUUAGACUCACUACCACCUCCGUCCGGUGGGAGGAGGUAAACACACCCAGUGUCGUGCGCUCCAAGCGGUGGCGGAUACGCUUCCCUCCCCGGCAAAAAAGCCACCACAAGGAGCUCCAGGCAGCCACCGCACGCCCCUCUCCAAUCUCGACGCGCCGAAUGAGACCACGCCAGACGGGGCCAGGUUAACCGUGGACACCGCUCCCGACCGCCGUCCGCCUUCUGUCUGUUCGCUUGACGGCGCCUGCACUGAAGACACCACCGGGACUAUGUGAGCACCAUGCGGGCUGUGAGAUGCCUGCUGUUCGCUGCAGUGUUUGCACGGUGCUCCGUGACUGGUCUAAGGGAAGGGUGGCAGCCCCCCAUUGAAGAUCUUGUGCAGCCCAAGAGGCUCCUGCAUCAGAUCUACUCCCAGGACGAGCUAGUCCACAGCCACCUCGACACCUGGGUCCAAAACUCCACAGUGGGGGCACAGCGUGUGCAUGUGGCCCACAGCAGCUUCCUGGUGGAGGCUUUUGGCCGCUCUUUUAUCCUCGACCUGGAACUCAACCACCAUCUGCUGUCCAUAGACUAUGUGGAGAGACAAUUUGAAGACGAUGGACGCCCCUCACAGAUGAAGGGCGGAGAGCACUGCUACUACCAAGGGCGUGUCCGAGGUCUGCCAGACUCCUGGGCGGCUGUGUCCACCUGUCAUGGCCUGUGGGGAAUGUUCUCAGACGGGAAUGUCUCCUACGGGAUCGAACCUGCGAGCAGUGGCGAGGUGGACCACAUUGUGUACCGCUUGCCUGACAUCCACCUCCUCCCGCCUCCUCGCUCAGCAUGCACCGUGAAUCAAACCCAGCCUGAAGUGCAGACGGGCGGCAGCGGAGUUGAUGUGGGAGAUGGGAAGAGGCGGGAUGGAGACGACUUGUCUGCACAGGAGAAAACAAAGCUUACCAACAGCUUGAGACGCUCAAAAAGACAAGUGCGUGGCGGUCAGCGCACCGUGCAGUCAGAGACCAAAUACAUCCAGCUGAUGGUGGUAAACGACCACGAACUGUUUGUCCAACAGCGUCGGUCCACCUCUCUGACCAAGAACUUUGCCAAAGCGGUGGUGAACAUGGCGGAUGCGAUCUACAAGGAGCAGCUCAACACUCGCAUCGUCCUGGUCGCCAUGGAAACCUGGUCCUCCCAAAACCGCAUCUCUGUGGGCGACGACGCCCUGCUCACGCUGCGUGACUUCAUGAAAUACAGGAAGGCGAACAUCCGGGAGCGCUGCGACGCCGUGCACCUCCUUUCCGGGAGGACCUUCAUGGGCAGCCGCAGCGAGGCCGCCUACGUCGGCGGCGUUUGCUCGCUCAGCAGGGGCGGCGGCAUCAACGAGUUUGGCGCCGUUGGCCCGGUGGCCAUCACGCUGUGCCAGAGUCUGGGCCAGAACAUCGGCAUGCUGAGGAACAAGGACAGACCUGCUGCAGGAGACUGCAGGUGUCCAGACCCGUGGUUAGGAUGCAUCAUGGAGGACACCGGUUAUUACCUGCCCAGGAAGUUCUCUCGCUGCAGUGUCGAUGAAUACCUUCGCUUCCUGCAACAAGGCGGCGGCAGCUGCCUGUUCAACAAGCCCUGGAAGCUGCUGGACCCGCCCGAGUGUGGUAACGGCUACGUGGAGCCGGGAGAAGAGUGCGACUGCGGCUCACUUGUGGACUGCGCUCGCAGCGGCGCCAACUGCUGUAAGAAGUGCACGCUUACCCACAAUGCAAUCUGCAGCAACGGACUCUGCUGCCGCGACUGCAAGUACGAGUUGAGGGGGACGACGUGUCGCGAAGUGGUCAACGACUGUGACAUCCCCGAAACCUGCACAGGUGACUCCAGCCAGUGUCCUCACAACGUCAACAAACUGGAUGGCUACACAUGUGAGGCGGGACAGGGUCGUUGCUACGGAGGCCGCUGCAAGACCAGAGACGCUCAGUGCAGGAGCCUGUGGGGCUACAAUUCCGCUGACAGAUUCUGCUAUGAAAAGCUCAAUGCAGAGGGCACCGAGAAGGGAAACUGCGGCCCCGAGCCCAGUGGUCAGGGAUGGAUGCAUUGUAACAAGCAGGACGUCUUGUGUGGUCUGCUGCUGUGCACCAACGUGACCGACAAGCCAAGCGUUGGCGAGCUGCAGGGCAAACUCACGGGAAUGACCAUCUAUCACCACAACAGAUACCUGGACUGCAGAGGCGGUCAUGCAGUGCUGGAUGAUGGCCUGGACUUGGGCUACGUGGAGGACGGGACGCCGUGUGGACCCAACAUGAUGUGUCUGGAACGCCGCUGCCUCCCGGUCACCACCUUCAACCUCAGCAUGUGUCCCGGCUCCUCGUCCUCGCGCAUCUGCUCCCAUCACGGCACGUGCAGCAACGAGGUGAAGUGCAUCUGUGAUGGAGACUACACUGGUACGGACUGCAGCGUCUUUGACCCCAUUCCCAUUCCUACCCCACCUGAGGGACCUGAGAAACACAAAGGUCCCAGUGGAACCAACAUCAUCAUUGGCUCUGUGGCUGGUGCUAUUCUGCUGGGGGCCAUCGUGCUGGGAGGAACUGGAUGGGGAUUUAAGGGGCCAGUCUGUAUCUCCUGCUGGGGCUCCUGCGGUGGGCGUCCUUUGCCACGCUUUUGUGUUCGUUUGUUGGCACUAUGGAACCUUUCCCGUUCGAAAAUGUUCACGACUCCAGUGACCAGGCUGGUCACAGCCGAAACAGUUUCCACCCCGGACUGGCUUUGAAGCAUCGUGUUGUCCACCACCCGAGUCCAACCGUCUGGUCGCACGUCUGUUGAGGAUUCUUUCCUCCACCUGUUGGAACUCAAAAGCAAGGUCACCCACUGCUGAAUAUAUCCUAGCUGAUCUUUGACCUUUUGGUUCUUUUAACCUUUUAUUUUCAGCGAUCUGUAAAUUAAGGAGUUGCUUCCUUGCUGCUCUGUCAUUAGCCUUAUCAUCCUCAUCUUGAGGAAAGAGACUGCGCAUAGCAGUAGCUAUGUUUGUAACGUAUGGUGUUAUCGGUGAGGUCGAAGAUUCAGCCAUUAAUCCUACUUGUUGUUCUGUAUUUUUGCCAUCUUGUGUGGAAACACAACGAUACAAAUGCUUCUAAAGUCUCCUAUUGAUUUCUUCCCAUUUCACUCAAACAACUAAACAAACAAACAAAUAAACAAACUUGCAGCUAACCACAAUCAACAGCAUACCAUUUACGAAUACCUUCAUUUGUCACUUUCUCAUCUUUUCUUCACUUUCGUUUUCCUUUACAAACAACAUCCUGUAUCCAUCUCUUCCUUACACUUCACACAAUGUUUCUAUUUUCUGUUCUCCUAGAAACCAUUCACAUAACGUAAGGUUAUAAACAUCCUUUUCCCAUAUUUUCUCAAACCAUCCUCUUCUCCCUCAAUCUUCCUUCACCUGCUCUCUUUUUCUCUCUCUCUCCUUCUCACUGGAGUAGGGGGCGGUGGCCUAGUCAAAGUCUGGGCGGGUCGUUUGAAUUGUCUUGCGCAUGCGCGGCAGGCAAAACACCAAUCAGUCUAGUCUGUCCUAUUUGUCUCAUUAAUCAUCGGUUCUUUUUUCCAUGUAACUCCCGCUUACUCGAAUUCCCUCUAGCUUCCUUUUCUCAUUCGUCAAACGCUUAUAUUCUCGAGCACAUAAGUUCUGUAAGCCUUCUUUUAACCCGUUAGGUUCCUCGCCCUGUGCUCGAGUCAUCUCCUUAACUACUUUACUUCGUUCCUUUUUGUCUCUCCCCGCGGACUCCAUUGUUACCAAAAGCACAUUCAAUUGAUCAUUAAACGAUAACCAUUCAUCACAUUUUCCCCAGCCGUCAUCACAUUCUUGUCUGUCACACUCCUUGGCCAUUUUCACCAGCGCACACACACACACAAGCACGUGUAAGCACUCACGCACACACAAGCAAGUGCCUACAGCCCUACGCACACACACACACAUACACGUAAGCCCUCUCUCUGCGUUUCACUUUACCAUAAAACUUCCAGUUACUUUUUUAUUUUAUUUUUUAUUUUACCAGACGUUUGAGUUCACAACUUUUCGAGUAUUGUAAACUCCCUCUUAACCCUUUCAAGGAACGUUCUCUUUUCUUUUUUUUUUUCUUUUUUUUUUUUUUCUUUUUAAACUUUACCUGCUAAUUCCAUUGUCGACAACAGUGCAUUCAAUGGAUUAUUAAACAGUAAUGAUUCAUCACAUUUUCCCCAGCCGUCAUCACAUUCUUUUCUGUCACACUCCUUGGCCAUUGUCUCUAUUUUUCCUUAAUUUUAGCGCACACUAAAGUGUCGCCGGGACCUCACAACCGGGGAAUCUUUAUUGUAUUUAUUACAAAUGGCCUCCAGCCGUGGAAUUUAUCAUAUGGUACAGAAGGGCCUCCUCCCGUACGAUUCUUAAUUUUAACGCACACGUUAAUGCCGUAGGGAACUCGCAACCAGGGAGUAUUUAUUGUAUUUUACAAAUGGCCUCCGACCCAUCCUUAAUUUGUGUGCACAUAAAAAUGUCAACAGGGAUCUCACAACCGGGGAGUAUUUACUGUACCAUAUGAUGGGCAUCCAACCCGUUACUCUUUUAGGCGGCGACCAACUACCCAGGGUGAGCCACACCCAACUAUUAGUUCACUCGUCAAUGAAACUGCCCGUCACGGUAAUCGAGACACAAUGACGUGAGUUGACCACUUAUUUACAAUUUUAAUGCAAUGGCAGGCUCGGCAAAAAUGCAAUCAAUCUAUCAAAAUCACCAUUCUGUGUCUGGGGUACAAAGCAGUGUUUAACUUACAGACUUCUGGGCAGACUCCUAAUGCAGAUUUUAUCUAAAAAGAAAGGUUCUGCUUACCUUGAAUUAUGUUUUGGCCAUGUGAGUCUGUCCAGAAGAUUGCAAGAGAAGGUCCAAUUGUCAGCGUGUCAUCUCGGACGAAGCCCCCAAAUUGUUGCGUUUGACCAGAUGUUCCUCCAAGUGGGAUGUAAAACGCUGGUCAGUCCCAAGUUCCUUAAUGACAUAUCAACUGAACUCAAAAGGUACCACCAAGCACAGAAUAGGUAUUUUGUAAUUUUAUUGUCAAAGCUUUGGCAAUAAUGAGACCAGCCUCGAACAACACAUACAAAUGCGCAGCCCAAGUUGAUCUGGCAUUCCACCGGCCAAAAGCAACUCUUUUCACGCAAAGA